AUGGCGGAGAACGCCCCUGCCACGACACCAACGCCCGCGACCUCCGGGACCGCCGCACCAACAUCCGGCGCAACCGCAGCAGGACCAAUUGCGCCUGCCGAUCAGAACGCGGCUAGCCGCGGGCUUCCAUACUACGAGAAGCUGCGACGAGAGCUGCGAGACGUGAUCCAGAAGAAGCGGUUGAUGGACAAGAGCAUGGGCCAACUAGAAGACCAAAUCUUCCGGAUCGAACAAUCCUACCUCGAAGAAACGACCGCUGGAAACAUCAUCAGAGGCUUCGACAACUACAUCAAGGGCUCUUCAAGCGGCGCCAGUAUUGGUGCCGCAGGUAUUAACAUUGGCGCCGGCGUGGCUGGAGGCCGUCGAAAGGCCCAAGUCACAGAUUCGGAUCGGGUGUUCUCGCGAAGUUCAGCUAGCUACAUGAUGGACUCCCCCGGGCCCUCGUCUGCUCAAACCACUCCCUCGAACGCGGCGACACCGACUUCCACGUCCGCAGGACCCACCUCGAACAAGGGGAAUGGGAGCGAUGUCCCCGUAUCUGCCGGCGGCGUGAAGAAUGCAGCUGGUGCAUCGAAAAACAAGAAGAAGGCCGGUGGUGGUGGUGGAGGGUCUAAGAACACCAAGGGAAAAAAUCCGAGCGAGGAUCUUUCCGACGAUGCAGGGGAUAAGCCGCCCGUGAAGCGGUUGAAGAUCAGCUAUGGGAGAGAUUAG